AGUGCAGUAAAACAUGUUUCCCUCUGAGAGGAACCAGUCAAGGUGUUCACAUGUUUACUUCUGCACUAUGGCAACAUGUAAGUCCGUGUCCAAAGAAAAGAAUGUUCUGCACGCUGCUGCCAGCAGUGUGUGUUCGUGGGUGUGUGUGCUUUUGGGUGUGUAUUACCAGCUGUUUGGUAAAGACGUGCAUGCUUCAACGAGAGGCCGACAGACAGAGCAAAGUGGGAGGAGCUGUCUGAGCCUCCAGGCUGAUAUUUAGUCAGGAAGCUUCUCUGUGAACACAAGCUGCUUCUUACUGGAGCUGUACGGACUCCAUCUGCCUCCAUCUUCCUCCUUGGUGUUUUGGUUAAAUUACUCCUGAGUAGUGUUGGAGUCGUACUCUGGUCAAGCUGCAGAGGGACUCUGAAUCUCCUCCCUCUACCGGCUCUUCUGGGACACGUCUCAGACUGUCCUCCGUCAGGUCUGUGUGGAGGAGAGCUGCUACAGCAGUGAAGGCCGUUGAUUACUGCUGUCUAACGGACAUUCAGUGAAAUCUGCAGUACCGUGGUCUGUUCUUUCUCCAUGGAGGCUGACCUCUGCGCCUCCGUGAGACUGUUGUUCAGCUUUGUCCUCUGAACCACGCCUACUGCGUCCAGGAGACUUCUACCGGUUGGUUGCUCCUGCUGCUGCUACUCCUCCUCCCUGAGAGCACAGCGCCUCCUGCAGGCGAGCCGCGACGGCUGCUCCUGUGCAGAGCGUCGGCCUCCAUGUGGAGCACCAGGAGAUGUCUAAGAUAGCCCUGCCGUCAUCUUCAGCAUGGCCUGGGUGGACUCAAUCAACAAGGAGAGGGAGCAGCGGGGGCCGCCGAGACUGGAGCGCUGCCUCGUCUCCACCCACGGGAACGUCUUCAGGGUCCCACAAUUCAUCAGUGAGCGCUCCCUGAAGGAGGAGAACGCGUCCCCUGUUAAGGAUGGAGACACGUUGAUGAAAACCUCUCAAGAUCUGGUCAGAGAUGUCGGCUCCUCGAGACAGGAAGUAGAGCCUGUCAAUCAGCCCAAUCUAACCCAAUCAGCAGCGAGUGAUGACACAGAGGACUCAGAGGGAGAGUACGUGGAGCUGACGGAGCUGCCUCGCUUCUCCCCACAGAAGGGCUCCUUAACCCAGUCCAUCAGUCUGCAGCACCGAGCCAGGACCAGCACACACACCACUCACACACACUCUGCUGCUGCACACACACCUCACACACACUCUGCUGCUGCACACACACCUCACACACACUCUGCUGCUACACACACACCUUACACCGCUCACACACACUCCUUCAGGCCUGGUGUGGAGGUCAGCUCCCACACCCCCACUUUGGGGUUUUCCUGGCUCAUUGAGGAGAACCUGAUCCCGGACUCAGGAACAGUCAUCCUCCCCACAAUCUCCUCCACCUCCUCCUCUGCUCCUCCUGAAGCUGUGGGUUCCAUCAGCUGGACGUUACUGGAAAACAUGGAAGGUACUGAUUCAGGCAUAAGUUUGAAGUUAAACACUGAAUCUGAAAGUAGCACAGAUCUGAGUGAGGAAGAGGAGGAGGAGGUAGAGCCCGGGGGAGAGUCAGAGGAAACCAGGGAGGAGAGAGAGAUGAUGAAAAAGCAGAAAGGGAAGCAUGGCAUGGUAGUGGAAGUGGAAGUCAAGGAAGAAGAAGAAAAACAGCUGGAAGAUGCAAAGUGUAGGCAGGAUGGAGGUUUACUAAAUGAAAGUGAAGACACAGAGGAAGAGUUGGAUGAGGAGGAAGACGAGGAGAUAGAAGUAGAAGAAGAGGUUCAGGUGACAGUUCACAGGCAGAGUGGAGGUAGAAGGGAGGAAGAGCAAGUGAUGAAAGAAGGCGAGGAAGAGGAGGAGACACAUCUCAAGGACCCUUAUUCUGAAAAUAAUAAAGAACAUACACACUCUGUGGACUCUUAUUUUGAAUGUAAUAGACAACCCAAGCAGUCUUCCGACUCUUAUUGUGAAAAUAAGACAAACCAAAGACACCCUGAGAACUCUUCUGAAAACAAAACAUUACAAACACUCUUUGAGGACUCUUAUUCUGAAAACCAUACACAACAAAAGCACUCUGGGGACUCUUAUUCUGUUAAAAAUACAAAACACAAACCCUCUGAGGACACUUGUUCUAAAAAUGACAGACUUCAAAAACUCUCUGAGGACUUUUAUUCUGACAACUCACCGAGGAUGGAAGCAGACUCACUAUGGUGCAGACCUGGGGACAAAGGGCCUGAACAACAAGAUGAGAAAAAUCAGGAGCAGGGUGAAGAGGAGAUGAGCUGCGAGGUUGGUGGAGGACGAAGUCCAAGGCCUCAGACCAAAGGCCUCAGCAGACCUCCUGUCCAGUCUCAUGCCCCCCUGUCAAACGGUCCCAGUCUAACAGAACCAGAAUCAUCGCUGGACCAGUCAGCUGAGCCAGUGGUGCCAGUACAGCUCUCCCAGUCCGCCCAGUCCAGCUUCUACACAGAGCUGCUACGCUCUGGAGCUCUCUGUUUACCUGGGACCAGAGACCGGAGUGGUCGAGUUCUGCUGACGGUCUGCACCACGAGCUCCGUGUGGUCCAACCCCGACUGUGGCAGCGCCGUGCUGUGCCUCCUGCUCUACUACUGCUCCACCCUCAGGAAGGAGGUGGCAGCCUCGGGGCUGACAGUUCUGGUGGACGCCCGCGCAGCUGCUCCAGUCCCGGUCCUGUUCUCCGCCCUCAGGUCCCUGCAGGACAUCGUCCCCGGCUCCGUCCACUCCGUCCUCCUGCUGCUCAACAAGGACUCUUCUAUGGGUCUCCACAAACAUGCAGCAGCACAGGUGGAGGUGCUGUUUUCUCUGAGGGCUCUUCAGAAGCACGUGGCUCUCCAGCAGUUGUCUGCAGAGUUCGGAGGUUCCUCCAGCUUCAGUCAGAGCAGCUGGCUCUGCUUCAGAUCGCGAUUGGAGCAGCUGACCAUUCAGUGUGAAGACGUCAUCAAGCUGCUGCAGAAAACCGUCACCGUCCUGCAGACCACACCUCUACCUGCUGCAGCGGAGGAGGCCGAGCUGCUGUUGUACGGGUACCAGACCAUGAUGCGCAGCGUCCUUGCAGACAGCCGAUUGGUGCAGCUGCAGAAGGAGGGCGGUGCUUCGCUGUCUCGCCUGCGCAGAGAGGAGGGCGGCGUCGGCAUGGCUUUGGAGGCGGUGUCCGUGCUGUACGAGCAGGUGGACGAACUGCUGCAUCUUCUGGUCACUCUCUCCAACGCCAGGACUCAGGAGCUGAACUUCAUCCUGGACUUCAAGGGGCUGGAGGCGGGCUUCACCGAGGUGAGCUCCUGGCUGCAGGAUGUAGGAGAAGCUGAUCUGAAGACUCUGAAUGAGGCAGAAGAUUCUCUGGAGCUCCUUAAAAAGAAACAAGGAGACUUCAAAGAAUUUCACACUGCUGCUUACGAGCGCUGCAGACGAGGGGAGGAGUUGCUGAGUCGCCUGGAUCGUUGGGGUCACAUGACGUCAGCUGACCUUCGUGUCUAUGAGGUCAAAGUUCAUUCUUUCCGGGCUCAGCUGCAGGACUUCUCCCAGCGGGUCAACACCACGGGUCAGAACCUGGAGCGGUCCCUGGAGCUCUACAGCUUCUUGGACCAGGCCUAUGGCUGGGCCAUGGAGGGUAUGCGUCACCUAGCUGGUGUGAGUAUGGAGGACUGCAUGCUGCCCGACAAAUGCCAGUCAGUGAUUGGCUGCCUGGAGGAGUUCCGCCUCCAGCACCCACAGAUCCCAGAGGAGCGUUUCCAGGAGAUGAGGGCGGAGGCCAGUGAGCUGCAGGGGGAGCGAGGCCUCCGUCAGUGGAGCUUCUCCUGGUCCAAGUGUCAGGAGACCAAGAAGAUGUUUGACAGGAAGAUGGAGGCGGCACUCAGGACGCGGGACUCCGCCCCCAGGCAUCGCUCUGACUCCACCGACAGCAGAAGCUCUGUCUCCUCCAGGAGAAAGCUGUCAGGACUCUGGGGGGUCCACAAGACCUCCUCCUUGUCUUGCCCCUCUAACGAGGACAGCAACAUCUCCUCACCUCCUCGGAGCAUCUUCUUCUCGCCCUCCUCCACCUCCUCUUCAGCCCCCCCCCAGCACACACCUCUCAUCCAGCGAUUGUUCCACAGCUUCUCCUCUCAGGAGUCAGCGGACCAGGCGGACCCCCCAUCCUCUAGUCCGAGCCUCCCCCGCCUCAACUCCUCCCUCUUCUCCUCCGGCAGACGGAAGCAGCUCAGGAAGACGCAGAGCUUUGACUGCCCCCCCACCCCCGAGGCGCCGCGGGUCGGCCCGUGCACUCGCGCCCUCAGCGAGCCGCUCUGCAGAGGCAACACGGGCGUGGUCAUUCGGGGGCUGGAGGUCAGCAGCUCCGAGGCCGCCAACCGCACGCUCUGCCCCAGGGCGGCCGGACCGCCUCCACGCAGCCCUGAGACCCCCUGGACCACUGGGGGCCCCAAGACGGACCCCCGGCCCAGAGGGAGUAAGCUUCGUCACGUGGUGGAGGAGAUGGUGACCACAGAGAGGGAGUAUGUGCGCUCCCUGCGUUACAUCAUCCAUCACUACUUCCCUGAGAUGGACCGAGCCGACCUUCCUCAGGACCUCCGGGGCAAGCGGUCUGUCGUCUUUGGGAACCUGGAGAAGCUCCUGGACUUCCACAGUCAGUUCUUCCUGAGAGAGCUGGAAGCCUGCUGGAGACACCCACUGAGAGUCCCUCACUGCUUCAUCAGACAUAAGGACCAGUUCAGUCUUUACGCUCUGUACAGCAAGAACAAACCAAAGUCCGACGCCCUGCUGGCCCUCCAUGAGAACUCCUUCUUCAGGAGGAAGCAGGUGGAGCUGGGCGAUAAGAUGAACCUGUCGUCCUACCUGCUGAAGCCGGUGCAGAGGAUGAGUAAAUAUGCUCUCCUGCUCACUGACCUCAUCAAGGAGGUGGGCGUGGCUCAGGAGGCCCAGGAGGCGCAGCUCAUUGCGCUUCACGCCGCCACCAACAUGGUCAAGUUCCAACUCCGCCACGGCAACGACCUGCUGGCAAUGGACGCCAUCCGAGACUGUGAUGUGAACCUGAAGGAGCAGGGUCAGCUACUCCGUCAGGAUGAGUUCACUGUCUGGACCGGGAGGAGGAAAUGUCAACGCCACAUCUUCCUGUUUGAGGAGCUCGUCCUCUUCAGUAAACCCAAGAAGAUGGAGGGAGGCCUGGACGUGUUCAUCUACAAACACUCCUUCAAGACAGCAGACGUGGGUCUCACGGAGUCUGCAGGAGACGACGGUCUUCGCUUUGAGAUCUGGUUUAGAAGGAGGACGUCCAAGAACCAGACCUUCAUCCUUCAGGCCGCCACAUCGGAGGUGAAGCACGCCUGGACCACCGGCAUUGCCCGGAUCCUAUGGACGCAGGCCGCCAGGAACAAAGAGAUCCGUCUGAAGGAGAUGGUGUCGAUGGGAGUCGGCAACAAACCGUUUCUGGACAUCCAGCCGAGUGAUGCAGCGAUCAGUGACCGAGCUGUUCACUACAUCAUGAAGAGCAGAGGUGCCAGAACGCGGGCGUCCAUUGCUGUCUCUGUCUUCGACCACACUAACCCCUUUAAUGGAAGAGCGGUGACCUCUGACCCCUCAGCAUUAGGGCCUUCCUCAUCCGGCUUGCUGGGACCGCUCAACCUGCACAUGUACAGUCAGAACCUCUCCCCCUCUCCUGCUGCUGAAGGCUCCUUCAUCACCUCCUGCAUUGAGGAGGAGGAGACCAGCAGCCAGCCCUCCAUGACUACAGAGAGUUCUGGCUCCUCCUCUCGGUGUCUUUCCGGCUCCACCGGGUCGGACAGCGGCUGCGUCUCCUCCCACCUGACGGAGGAGCAGAGCCACGCCCCCAACCAGCCCUUCUCCAACAAGCAGCACCUCAACAGCGUCUCUCCUAAAGCAGCUCUGGUCAUCGGUCCUUCCACCAUCGUCUGAUGAGCUCACCUGAAGGACAGUUCCUCCUCCAGUCCCCACGGGUUCCUGAUGUUUGGGUGUCAGACGUCCUUAGCAGUGUUCAUUUGUUCACAAGUUCAUGUGUUCAUAUGUGCAGGACUUACAUGUGUUAGUCUGUUUCAGUAGAUGUUUUGUAGCUGCUGUUAGUUUGUUGUUCUGAUCCAGGACCAGUUGGACUCACUGUACAUGUGUGUAAAUAAAUGUCACUUUUCUCACUUCAAUAAUAAACUUGACUAUCGUUUCUCUGUUGUCUCCUUCUCCUCUUAUAAAUCUUUUCUCUUCUUCCCCUCUUCUUCUCUUGGGAGCACUAGAGAGGUGUGGUGCGUCCUCUGAUCUGCAACAUUCAUGUACAUAUACUAAAUUCUAUUUAAUUUAUUUUGUAAAGGCCA